GCCUAUUACUUUGAUGUAGCCAUCCGCCCGAACCACACACUCGACAAGGAAAUCCUUGCAGAGCCAUUCCGCAAUUGACGCAAUUGACAGAAUCCGACACACCCGAAUCAAAGGCACUAUGAGCGAGGUAACCUGGAGCAAGGAGGAGGUGAUCAAGGCCUUCGAGGACGCAGGCAACCUCAAGUUCCUGGAGCACAUCAACCUGUCCAAUACGGACAAGUGCACGGAGGCGUCGCCUGCCUACAUUUUUUACAUGCGCGGUCUCCAAUGCUCGCGCGAUCCUCGUCUGGCCUAUCACUUCUGGGCCAACUAUGGCGGCCGCCACCAGUUCCAUCUGUUCACUGGCCAGCCCAAGAACGAGUGCAUCAAUGCCGCCAUCUACCUGUACGUGCCUGACCUAGACGCCAUCGAGAAGAGCCUCAAGUCCGUGGCCGACGAGCUUAAGGACACCAAGUUCGCCUUCGAACGCAUCAACCGUGGCGGAGAGACCACCAUCGACUACCCGCAGGAAAAAUGGCACGAUCUGUUCGACACAACCAAGUACGACCACCUCAGGGUGAAUGACCCGUACGGCAACGAGCUGCGCCUCAACGUUACGCCUCGUAAUUACAACUCCAUCAACCUGUCGCUGGGUAAGACGCUGCCCGUGACGAACGACGUUCCUGGUGUGGCUCAGGGUCUUCCGUUCCUGGUAUACCCCUGCCGUCCGGGCAUUGCUCAGGGUAUUUCUCGCUUCUUCGAGCACUACUUGGGCGCCAAGACCGUGGUCACUAAGAAGGAGGACAAUGUGGAGCUUUACCACACCACGGUGUUCUGUGGACCCCUGCAGGCGAUCGUCUUUGACGAACAGGAGUCCCAGAAGGACAACAAGGGCGAGUACGACGGCCACCACGUGUGCAUCCACAUCGAUCGCUUCAAGGAAUUCUACGACAAGGCCUACAACGAUUCCAUGCAGUGGAACAACUUGCUGUUCUUCGACCGUUGUGACACUUGGUUCGAGGCCAACCGCGACCAGCAGUACCGUAUUCUGCACCUGGUGGACCCUGUGGACAAGAAGUUCCUCAUGUCGUUCGAGAUGGAGAUCCGCUCGGCGCAGCACUUCCGCUACCUCAUCCACCGUAGCGAUGUGACCGAGGAAGAAGAAGCCGCCAACGAGGUGCUUCGUAAGAAGAACCUGUAGAUUUACUCUGCAGUUUAUUGCUGACAAAUGUUCGUUCGGUACGGCGCAGCACUACAAGGUGCUCCGUCAAUUGAAGUGGGUAAUACAGGCAUAAUGUACCUGCAACAGGCAACGUUGAUGAUCAUCAACGGCAUUUCUGGAUAACGUUUAAAGCGUCUGCUUGUAUUUUUA